AUGAAAGAAGAUAUACAUGAAAAUUCAAACACAUCAUCAGAAAUCCCUGCUUCUUUAGAAAGACUAGAUUCAUUUUUUAAUGUUUAUCAGGGCCUUGUAGGUCAUAAUAGAAAUAUUCUUAUUAAUUAUUGGAAAAAUACAAUAAAAGAAAUAGAAACAGAUAAUCAUGAUUUUAAAGUACAUCAGAUACCUUUAUCCAGGAUAAGAAAGCUUAUGAAAACUGACAAAGAUGUUAAAAUGAUAUCUACUGAAGCAACAAUUUUAUUUGCAAAAGGGUGUAAUAUUUUUAUUACAGAGCUUACAUUGCGUGCAUGGAUCUAUGCAGAAGAGAAUAAGAGACGAGUAUUACAAAAAUCGGAUAUUGCAAAUGCGAUAUCUAAGUCAGAUAUGUUUGAUUUUUUAUUAGAUAUUAUUUCAAAAGAAAAGUUGGAUCUUAUUCCGAAAAUUCAGAUUCCAUCCAUGAAUAUGAAUCAAGAAUGUCAUAGAAUCAGUCCAUAUUAUCAAGGACUGGACAGAUUUUCGAAUAUUGGUGAUAAAGCAGACAAAUUAGACCAAAUGUAUAUCUUGAAACAACCAUCUUAUAUAAAUUACAACUCUACAAUUCAUAACACUACAAAUUCAUCAUCAGACUUAUUAAAAUAUCAAGGAUUGCAAAACAUAAUACAAAACUGUGAAUCUAAAGAAAUGAAUAUAAAUGAAUAA